CAGCUCACAGGGGCUGGCACGAUUACAAACACUUGUUACGACCCUUGGCAUAGAUACAUGAACGGGCAGACUUGGCCGUGAAGUGGAUUGGGCAAGAGAUCAGUGACAGCCCUUUUAAUAAGGACGGACAUCACGCCAAGCCUUAUAAGACAAUGUGGAGGAGAAGGAGAGGAGUCAGAGACUACAGCAGAGGCCCGACAGAAAGAUCAUCUGAAACGCGAAAUACAUCGUCAUGAGAUAUCGGGAGGAGAAACAGGCCAAAGCGCCCUCUUCAUUCAAAAUACAGCAAUGCAGCCUCAGCACAGUUCGAGGGCUGUGGAGGCGCCCCUUCAGGCCUUUACCGCUGCUGGUGGUCACUGGAGGAGGUUACUAUGGUUACCAGCACUACAAGGGUAAACAGGAAGUAGAGGGAGCACCCCCUGUUUUGGCCACGCCCACUCAGGUGGCACUGUACCGAUCGUUUCCCACUCGGGUUAUUUCUCGAGUUUGGGGUAAGAUCAACGCGGUGGACUUGCCAACAUUUUUACGAAAGCCGAUCUAUUCACUUUAUAUCUGGACCUUUGGAGUCAACAUGCAGGAGGCAGCAGUGGAGGACUUACAUUUUUACAAGAAUCUGGGAGAGUUUUUCAGGCGAAGACUUAAACCUGCUGCUAGACCUGUCUCCUCCUCCUGCCUGACCUCUCCAGCAGACGGUAGAGUGCUUCACUUCGGUUCUGUGAAAAAUUCAGAGGUGGAGCAGGUCAAAGGCGUCACCUACAGUUUGGAGCAUUUUCUGGGGCCACACAAAGGAAACGGCCAAGGUGAAAGCUUUAGGGACCGCCUUCUCUCUCAUCCAGACAAUGACCUGUAUCAUGUGGUCAUUUACCUGGCUCCAGGAGAUUACCACUGUUUCCACUCUCCGGUUGACUGGACGGUGAAGCUGAGGAGACACUUCCCAGGUUCCCUGAUGUCUGUGAGUCCUGGAGUGGCUCAUUGGGUUAAAGAACUCUUCUGUUUAAACGAACGUGUGGCUCUGACUGGCCAGUGGAAACACGGCUUCUUCUCUCUCACCGCUGUCGGGGCAACCAACGUGGGCUCAAUACGCAUCUACUUUGACCAGGAACUCCAAACAAACACCCCUAAAUACAGAAAAGGCUCCUGCCAUGAACGUAGUUACCAGGGAGAAGAGUCUUCUGCAGAUGGAGUGACGUUACAGAAAGGGGCACCCCUGGGAGAGUUUAACCUGGGAUCCACAGUUGUUUUAGUUUUCGAAGCUCCGAAAGACUUCAACUUCGAUUUGAAAGCAGGACAGAAAAUCAGAGUGGGAGAGGGGCUAGGUCUCCUCUCCUAAAACAUACAGUGCUUUCAAGUGCGGGUGGGUUUUGGAGAUUUUGGAGUUUUGGACAUGAACACAGCCACUGAAGAUGUUUGCCAAAACUGGAUAAAUGGGUUAUUAAAGCAGCUUUGUGUUGGGAUCACUUAAAAUGUAUUUACAUUUUACAACUUAAUAAUGUAACUUAUUACAUUUACAUACUUUUACAUAUUUCUGUUUAAAGGUGCAUUGUGUAACUUUUUGGUUGGGGUCCAUUAUGGAUAUCUAUGGAUAUGUCAUUGCUCUGCCUGGAAUGUCCCACAGUAUGACAUUAAACAACUCUUCUUUACAUUUAUUCAAGUACAGGUGGUUUUAUAGUUCAAAAAUAGCUAGAAAAACAGACAUUCUGUCUGUGAGCAGGGUUGCCUCUCCACAGAUCUGACCUGGUUUGGUCUCCAUGAAGAUAGAAAGGUUUAAUGCCAUACUGUGAAACAUUUCAGCUAAAGCAAUAGCAUCUCCAUGAAGAAAAGCACCAGAGAAGUUACACAAUGCCCCUUUGAAAACAUUAGCCACAAAUGUAUAAGGGCAUUUAAGUAGUGCACUGCAAACUGCACUGUAAAACAUCAAAUUUUGGGCACAAAGUGGAAUGACUUUGUAUGUGUGGGAAGCUUGGUUUGUUUACCAGGGCAGCUAAAGGAUCAAAUACAUGGCCUUUUUCCUAUGCCAGAGCCAGUUUUAGUGCACAAUACAUGUGAAUGUCAUAGUAUUAAAUUAAGUGGUUCUCAACACAGGUACCACUUCAAAUGUAUGGCCUCUUUGUAUUAUAUGCAGUUCAACACCCGGUUUAGCUUAAUUAGUCACUACUUAGUCCUAGUGUGGACUGGUUUACACAGAUUUGUUUUGCUCUAUACGCUUAAAUAUGAGGCCAUAUAUUGUCCCUAAGGGGUUGACUGGGUUUAACUUAUUCAUAUUAGUUUAUUAAUGGCUGUACAAAGAAAAACUUAUGCUUUUUGAAGUGGUACUUGGCCUAACUCAACCAAAAGUCUACUAGCUUAUCCACUAUCUAUCAUCAUGUUACAACAGUCACUGUAUGACUGCUACCACUAACAGCUUUUGAAGUUGCCUGUAAUAAUGUACAUGGUAUGAAUGGCUAUUAGUGCUAUUACUGCUUAUAACCUCUCCUGCUGCCUUUAUUGCACUAAAAUACAUAUUUUGUAUUGUUUCUAAAAAGUGUUUUUCUUAUGACCUUUAUUAUCAGCUGUGUCUAAAAACUAAAUCUAUAUAUAAACCUCCUGAUUAUGUUUGUAAAUGGUUCUAAAACUAUUGGCAAUGGUAAAAUGACUAAAUAUUUCUUUCCUUCCUUAUAUUUUCCAUGUUGUAAAUUAUUUAACUUUUUCUUAAACCCAUAUAGGGUUUUGUAAUUUUUCUGUUAAUGAAAAUCCUGCCCUGAUACUAAUCCAGAUUGAUUUAUAAAUCCAUCCAUUUUGUUAAUAUUUUGUAUGAUUGUAAUCAUAAUAAAAAUAUUUUUAUAUUCA